CGGAGAGCAGCCCCGCCCGCUGGGGAGCCGCGUUCUGUCUCCAUGGAAACGCGGGCGGCCGGUUGAGGACGAGCCUCCGCUCUCUAGCCCGACUGGGGCAGGACGCUGCUGUUUGUCCGGGUGAGUUUUGUGCUUGUGAAACGUGCCCGGUUGAUGGCCCUGGUCACUGGAGUCCUGUGUUUACUCUCAGAAGAGAAUGUCUCACUCUCAGGCUGAAAGUGUCAUAAAGAAUAUAAUUCGUGAAAUAGGACAAGAAUGUGCCAUGAAAGGGCAAACUGUGUCUGAAACCUUGGUGGCUUUCAUGGUGAAAGCUGUCGUUUUGGAUCCAAGGAAUGAGUUUAAUGUGGAUCGAACUCUCACAAAAAAUGAUGUGCAAAAACUUAUUAAGCUCUGUGUUAGUAGACUUCUUGAUGCAGCAAAUCUAUCCCUGGACACUAUUAAGAUGCAAGUUUACUUUGAUAUGAAUUAUACAAACCGAGUUGAGUUACUUAAUGAGCAGCAUCGCAUUCUAGAGGCCAGGCUGGCCCCUGUGGGCAGAGAAAUCACAGAUAAUCGUGCUCGUACACGGGAAGAGCUGGAGAGCAUUUACCGAAAGAUUGUUAGCUAUGUUCUGCUACGCUCUGGCCUCGGAUCCCCUACAGACAUCAAGGUUGUUAGGGAGGCAACAGCUGCCCUGCAGAGUGUGUUUCCCCAGACAGAGCUGGGCGUUUUUCUCUCUCUCAGUAAGAAGGACAAAGAGCGACAACUGAAAGAACUUACCAUGAUUGUCACAGGAAUUCGGUUAUUCAACAAGGACUGUGGGAAAGGAGGAGAAGGCAUUGAUGACUUACCAGCUAUUCUGAAUGAAGCCAUUCCAGCAGCCACACAGCCUAUUGAUGCAGAGCUUCGUGCCUCCCAUGAUCUGGCAUACCGCUACACAGCUGUCUUGGAAAUGAUGUGUGAGAGCCCGCACAGAAACAUAGAAGCUAGAUUAUCUAUGUUAAAGGAAGCACUGUUCAAUGUGAGACAACAUGAAGCCUUCCUCUGCAUCAUUCUGUCUGAUGUGAUCACGUGUGCACAAGAAGUUGAAAUGAUGGACAAGCAGUUUGCAGCACAAAUAGAGCAGUUAAAAAACACGGUUCAAGCAAAGACUGCUGUACCUACAUCACAAGUUUUUCCUAUCUUUCUAGCACUAGCUAACCUCUGGACGAGCUUUCAGGAUGAGAUAUUGCUGCUGAGUUUCCUGACUAAUUUGACAGUGAGUCUACAGCAGUUCUUGGGAAUCCAUGCGCAACUCUUUCCUGAUGAUGUGAUGGAGUCGCUUCUCGAAGGAGUGACUGUGAAAAGUGAUGAGCAAAGGAUAAAGGAAACCAUGGGAAUAAAAGUAAAUGUUUCUGAUUUCAAGGAACAAGAGUGGCUUUUUCCAGAAACCACGGCUAAUUUUGAUCAGUUGUUAAUCCAGUACCGUGGGUUUUGUGCUCACACACUUGCUGAAAAAGAUGGCCUCCUGCUUCCAGGAAAUCCUGCUAUUGGCAUUUUGAAACAUAAGGAGAAAUAUUACACUUUCAGUUCCAAGGAAUCAGCAUAUGUUUUUGCCCAAAACCCAGAUACGUUCAUUCAGUUGAUUGGAGAAAAAGCAAAAGAAUGUGCUGAACUUAUUCAGCUGCUUGAGCUUCAUCAUCAGUUUGAAUCCCUUGCUCCUUAUUCACAGGUCAGAAGUGGAGACAAACGUUCAAUGAAACCAAUUACCAAAUGCGACAGCAGUACUCAAACUGACACCCAUAUAUUGCCUCCAACUAUUGUGAAGUCCUAUGAGUGGAACGAAUGGGAACUGAGGAGAAAAGCCAUAAAAUUGGCUAAUUUGCGUAGGAAAUUAACUCACUCAGUGCAGACUAAUCUCAGUCAUAUGAGAAAAGAUAACUCCACCCAAGUGUAUCUGCUAAAGGAUUUUGGCACACAGACUAAACUAGACAACUCUAGCAACGUACCCAGGCCACAGAUUUUCCUGGCUGGUCUCCGAGGAGGAUCACCCUCAACUACUUGUAUGGUCAAAGUGAACUUAACCAGAGCAGUUGAUGAAACCUAAAUGAAGUUUAAAAGGAGACAUACUGAAGUAUUGUACAUGUUUUAAAAAAAUCCAAAUAGAUUUCUGAAGUAAUGUAUAGUAAACUGAAUUCUAUGUCCAUUGAUUCAAAGAGUUGUUGUUGCACUCCAUGGUUUCUGUUAGGAACAUCUAAAUGGCAUUAAGUGAUAGUGAUUAUAAAAAGCCUGAAACAUCCAAUUUAAAAAAAGUAGAAUCCAAGCAUGGCUGUAAAUUCUGAAUUAAACUGGCAUUUCUAUGGAA